GGCAUCCCUCCGCGCCCCGCCCGCCAUGUCCCGCCGCUGCGCGCUGCUCACCUGGGCCCUCCUCGUUCUCCUCGGCCUCGGCCUCGGGGCGCCUGGAGAAGAAGCCCCAGGCUCCUGCUGCCCCAUAGUGCCCCGGAGGGAAUGGAAGGCCCCCGCGUCCAAGUGCGGGGAGAAGCUACAACAGCCCGUGCGCUACGUGGUGGUGUCGCACACCGCGGGCAGCCACUGCGACAGCCCGGCCUCGUGCCUGAAGCAGGUGCAGAACCUGCAUACCUACCAUUCGAGGACGCUGAACUGGUGUGACGUGGGCUACAACUUCCUGAUUGGAGAAGAUGGGCUCGUGUAUGAGGGCCGGGGCUGGGACAUCAAGGGCGACCACACGGGUGUCACCUGGAACCCCAUGUCCAUUGGCAUCUCCUUCAUGGGUAACUAUAUGGAGCGGUCACCCCCACCCCGGGCCCUCAGGGCUGCCCAGAGUCUGCUGGCUUGCGGUGUGGCUCAGGGAGCCCUGAGCCCCACAUACGAGGUCAAAGGACACCGGGAUGUGCAGCGGACGCUCUCUCCAGGGGACCAACUCUAUGAAAUCAUCCGGACUUGGCCGCACUACCACGAGUGAGGCCCCGUCUCCCCCUACACCCAGAAACCCCACCGCCUCUCCCCUCCAAUAAAGAUGCAGCUCAAACUGUG